AUGGGUAUCCUGGAGAAGAUAGAAGAGAUUGAGAGAGAUCCUGAUGCAGAGCUGAUUUCUACAGCCACGGAAUAUCAUUUGGGAACACUGAAAGCAAAAUUGGCCAAAUACAGAGCACAGUUGUUGGAACCGGAAAAGAAAGGUGCAAAAGGGGAAGGAUUUGAAGUCCUCAAAUCUGGAGAUGCUCGAGUAUGUCUCAUAGGUUUCCCAUCAGUUGGGAAAUCAACUUUGUUAUCAAAAACUACCAAGACCGAAUCGGUCGUGGGGGCUUAUGAGUUCACAACUCUGACUGCUAUUCCUGGUGUUUUGGAAUAUGAAGGAGCUAGAAUACAAUUGUUGGAUCUGCCUGGUAUAGUACAAGAUGCCGCUAAAGGAAGAGGCAGAGGAAGACAAGUGGUAUCCGUUGCGAAAACAGCCGAUCUUAUCAUUCUCAUGAUCGAUGCUACCAAAUCCGCUGAACAGAAGAAACUGUUGGAGAUCGAAUUAGAAGCAGUUGGUAUCAGACUCAACGCUAGGAAACCCGACGUCGUGUUCAAGCAGAAAGCUGCGGGAGGGGUGAGCUAUAUAAACUGUACUGUCAAGUUGACUCAGACGGAUGAACGUACCGUCCGCACUAUCCUUCAAACAUAUCGGAUACACAAUUGUGACGUUAUGAUUCGAGAAGAUAUCACAACAGAUGAAUUCAUCGACGUCCUCCUGGGUACGAGAAAAUACAUUCCAGCUCUGACAUGUAUCAACAAGAUCGACGGGGUAUCUAUGGAGACCUUAGACUCCAUGGCGCGUCAAGGAGAUGGUAAGACAGUCAUGAUCAGUUGUGAAAUGGACUUGGGGAUCGAUUGGUUACUGGAGAGCAUAUGGAGGGAAUUGGGACUGGUCAAGGUGUAUACCAAGAGAAGAGGGGAAGGUCCAGAUUUGAGUGAUCCGAUUUGCUUAAGACAAGGAGCUACAAUCGAGACUGUCUGUCAUGGGAUUCAUCGAAGUUUGGCUUCACAUUUCAAGUAUGCUCUGGUAUGGGGUAAAAGCAGCAAAUUCAAUCCUCAGCCUCAAAAAGUCGGCUUAACCCAUAGCGUACAAGAUGAGGACGUGUAA